AAUCCGCUACUGACGUUUCUGUGAAUGACUUAAGUUCAUCAAAUUCAGCCACUGCCAAAACUAGCUGCCAGCAACAACAACAGCAAUCGCAAUCACAACAGUCAACACAACAGGAAUCAUCAUCAACAUCUAAACCACAAUCGAGAAAAUUACCCAAACGUUAUCAAGGACAUCAUCCGCACUUUCAUCAUCAUACAGCACCAGCUUACUAUACAGAUCUUCAUCUAAAGAUCCAUACACCCGAAGCUAAAGAUUCGGUUAAUGAAAAUUAUCAAAGUGUCUAUAGGACACCAUCGAAACUCAUCAAAGACGAACAUCAAUUUCCGAAAACGACAACAGCAACUCUUCCAGCACCACCACUAUCCAUAAGUCCUCAGCAAAAAUUAUCGAAGGAAGUUGAAGAAAAUACAGGAACAUUUUUUCGUGGGGCUUACACUCACAGCGAUCAGCAGAGACAACAGAAUCGCAACGAUCCUUCUUUUAUGCCGUCAAACAGAAGAUCGCAGAAACCUAUCAAAGCCGACGCCGAAUUGCCUCCACAACAGACGGUAACGGGUCGUAGUCGUAAUACUCAGCGUUUUGCAAAUCGUAAACGGGCCGUAAGGGUACGUAGUGAAUCGCGUCCAAUUAGUGCUCUGUAUGAUAUAAUAUGCAAAGAAAAAGGUCUCGAUAUAGCCACCACCACUACAAACGACGAAGAUUCUUCGCCAUCGCUUAGUCACGACGACGAGAAAGCACACACCACCACCACCACAAGUAGAUCUCGUAGAUCACAUUCUCGAUCCGUGUCACGACAAACUAAGACUUCAGUGGCCAGUAGCAAUAAUUCCAAUAUGUCCGGUGGUUUGGCCAAUAAUUCUUCAGGUGGCGAUCACCCUCAGCACAGAUCAGCCCUGCAACAGAAGAAACGUACGAUAAAUACUCACCAAAUACCAUUUUUAUCAAUGAUCUCAGCGAUGAUGAUGACGAUGAAAUCCAUCGCUUAG